AGCACGUUGUCGCUUAUUUGAGUGCUUUGUUGGGGAGUGGGAGAAAUGGGACAUUGUCAUUCGGGCAGCAGCAACUAAAAUAUGGGUGAUUUGGCACCAUGGCGAAGCUUGGGCUUAUUGGGUUACCUGAGUAGACCGAUGAGUCUGGUUACGUUUCCCAGUCCGGUGGGUUCAUCCGGAUAAUCCGCGCCCUGCCAUCUGUUUUGGUCGUAGAUUGGGUUACCCUACCGGGAUACUCCGGUUGUUGGUGCAGAAAAUACAUCCCGAACGCGGUGUUUGGGUUCGUGGUUGAUCCUUCCAGCGCAGUAAAAUGGCCGGGAAGGUGGAAGGCAAAGCGGCGCCAUUUUCGAAUAUGAAAGAUCCCCUGUUAUUGCCGAACAUCAUCGUGGGAAGAAGUAUUGAGAAGAGAGAAGAGCUGGAAAAUGAUAUAUCAUAUUUCAAGCGGAAUUACGGAUAUCGGGAUACCCCCGUUCACGCUGGCGAAAAAAUUCAUUGCUUUGCUUGGAAUCGGGAUGGCACCAUUUUGGCCUGUGGAUCCGAAAAGAUAGUCGUGGUGUGGUACUUCAAAGAUGGGAAGCUGACGCGUGAAUUUUCGCUGAAGGGACAUGCGACAAGUAUCGAGGAUAUUUCGUGGAAUCCUGCGAAUCCCGACCAACUUAUGACGUAUGCGUUUGAUAACAACAUUCGCGUGUGGAGCGUGAAGAGUCGAACGAGCCUGCACACGAUCAGUCCGCGCAUGGAGAUUGUCAGCAUUCGCUGGGCUCCCGAUGGGAAAACUAUCGUGUUCGGCGAUCGCGACGAUACGUUGACGCUGUAUGAGCUGGAAAGUGGGACGAAGCACGAGCGAAAGUUUACUUAUGAAGUGAACUCAGUGGUGUUUCUGCAACGUAAUAGCGUCACUUACAUCGUACUUGCCGUGGGAAAUCCUUCGGGCAGAUUAGAAUACUUCGAGUACAAAUUCCCAGAGAUGAUCCCAGUCGAUAGUAUCCCUGCAGCUGGAACGGCGUGUGAGCGUGUCGAGACUGAUCCGAAAGGACGCUUCAUUGCUGUUUCUAGCAGCGAAUGUUGCGUAUCCAUAUUCGAUGUCAAUGGAUUGUAUCCCAUAUCAGAGAUCAGCCGCCAGAAAGCACUGGUGCGCGGUUUCUCUUUCAGUCAUGAUAGUCGGUUUCUGGCCACGUUAUUUGAGGAUCAUUCGCUGGAAGUUGCCUUAGUGGAAACUGGCGAGAGAGUUUGGUGUUUUACUCCGGAUGAGCGGGAACGCGAAGCAUGGACACUGACUUCUGUGGCGUUUCAUCCCAAGCGAUUAAUCUUGGCACUUGCCGGUGAUCGUGACCGAAAUUACACAAUCCGCCUUUUUGGAUUUGGAUCUGGUCCUGAGAUGGACAAGAAGAAGGAUAAACGCGACGUCCGACAACGAUCGCGAGAAAGAGAAAAAGAAGCCACCCCUAAAACCUCGAAGGAUGACAGUAAAGAUAAGCCAGCCGAGAAGCCGAAGUUUGAGUCGAAAUUUUCAUUUCUUCGCCCGACGGCUGAGCAGCUUGCGGGUUUAGAGGAGCGCAAAGCAAAAGCUGCUCAAGCGGCGGCUGCGAAAGCUGCUGCCGCAGCGAAGGUUCCUACGAAAGUUUUGACGAAAUUACCUGUUGGAAAUGCGACACAGCAACCUACAUCUCGUAUCCGGCCACCAAUUCGUGGUCCGGAAUUGCCGAAGGCAGCAAAACCUAGCGACAACAAUAAUCGCGAUGGAGAAACCGAUAAGACACAUAAUAGUACUCGACGAGAAGAUGAUCGGAAAAAUCCUGUAACGUCAGGAAAUAAUUCUCCCGCUGCCGGCCAGUCCAGAGAAUCCCAUUCCCGGCCUUCGUCCACAUCAAGGCAUGUGGACAACGAGGAUGCUGGCGCGGAUCGAAAGAGGAUUCGUGCGGCGCGGGAUGCCGAUGGAAAAGAUGUUCGACAGGCGAGCAACACCCGAACGGAAUUUAAGAAAUAGUAGUUUGCAGUUUGCUUACAAUCACUUUAUUGCUGUGAUAUUUGUGUUUUAAAUUUGUUUGACUUUUUAUUCUCGCUCGUUGUUACGAAGGCAGGUUUAAAAGGCAUCGUUGAUCGUUUCUUUUGUUAUACAUCACGCAGUAUGUCUCGGUGGUGGGAAAAUUGGGUAUCCGUGUAUUUACUAAUCGUAAGUCUUGCUUUUCUUCGUACCACUUUUGGGGCGUUAAUAAGUAUAACUGACGGGUAAAUACCGAAAGUUCAGCUGUAAAGAAAAGCAAGA